UGCGCAAAGUUUAUUUCGAAGAACCGCAAGUUGACUAUUUAGUCAUUACAUCAAUAAACAAGAUAAUUUACGUGAUAACAACUUUAGAUUGAACUUGCAAGCCAUUCUUGUCCACAAUGGCGAGCGUAUCAUAUCAUAUCGCCAAUCUUCUUGAGAAGAUGACAUCAAAUGAUAAAGACUUCAGGUUUAUGGCUACUAACGACUUAAUGACAGAGCUGCAGAAGGAUUCAAUCAAGCUUGAUGAUGACAGCGAGCGUAAGGUGGUGAAGAUGUUGUUGAAGCUUUUGGAAGAUAAAAAUGGGGAGGUGCAGAAUUUGGCUGUGAAGUGUUUGGGCCCCCUUGUGAAUAAAGUGAAGGAGUUCCAGGUUGAGACGAUAGUAGACACAUUGUGCAGUAACAUGCUAUCGGACAAAGAGCAGCUACGUGAUAUCUCCAGCAUUGGCCUGAAGACUGUGAUCAGUGAACUGCCUCCGUCCUCCACAGCGCUGGCUGCAAGUAUCUGUAAGAAGAUCACCGGCCGUCUCACCAGCGCAAUCUCUAAGCAAGAGGAUAUGUCUGUGCAACUAGAGGCCCUGGACAUUCUGGGGGAUCUGCUAAGCAGGUUUGGAGGUUUGCUGAUCAGUUUCCACCCCACAAUACUACAGGCACUACUCCCACAGCUGUCCAGUCCCCGCCUGGCAGUGAGGAAGAGGGCCAUCAUUGCUAUAGGUUUUCUGGUGAUGAGUUGUAACAACACAUUGUUUGUUGAGCUGAUAGAUUUCCUGUUAACAUCCCUCGCCAAAAAUGCCAGCACUUCAACAACACGCACUUACAUACAGUGUGUUGGGGCUAUAAGUCGUCAGGCGGGGCACCGUUUCGGGGAACACCUGGAGAAGAUCAUGCCGCUGGUGAUCCGAUUCUGCCGACUGGAAGAUGAUGAGUUACGGGAGUUUUGUCUGCAGGCGUUUGAGUCGUUUGUUCGUAGAUGUCCGAAGGAGAUCUCACCCUUUGUCUCAGAUAUAAUCCAGAUCUGCCUGGAGUACAUCUGUCACGACCCCAACUACAACUACGAUGACGAUGAUGAGGCUGACAUGGACAUGGAUGAUGAAGAGGAGGAAGAGGGUUCAGAUGAGGAGUACAGUGAUGAUGAUGACAUGUCAUGGAAGGUACGUAGGGCCGCAGCCAAGUGCCUAUCAGCGAUUGUAGCUACGCGACACGAAAUGUUGGCAGACUUCUACAGAGUGGUCUCCCCAGCCCUCAUUGCCAGAUUUAAAGAGCGUGAAGAGAAUGUGAAGGCAGACAUUUUCCAGGCAUACAUUACACUGCUAAGACAGACACGCCCAACUGUGUCCUCUGAUCCUAACGCUAUGGAGCAGGAAGAGGGGCCAGUGCUACUACUGCAGGUUCAGGUCGGUGACAUCGUGAAGGCCGUACACAAACAGUUAAAGGAGAAAAGUGUGAAGACGAGGCAGGGAUGCUUCUCACUGCUCACAGAGUUGGUUCUCGUCCUGCCUGGGGCUCUCAAGGACCAUCUCCCUAUGUUGGUACCCGGGAUACAGUAUGCGCUGGGUGAUAAAAAUUCCACAUCAAACAUGAAGAUUGACACGCUGGCAUUCCUAAACUGUAUUCUCAGCAACCACAACCCCGUGGUGUUCCAUCCCUUUGUCAAGGUCAUCCUGCCACCAAUAGUACAUGCAGUAGGCGACCCAUUCUACAAAAUCACAUCGGAGGCCCUCCUGGUCACCCAGCAGCUUGUUAAGGUCAUCAGGCCUCUUGAUGUGGAGGUAGGCUCUCAGUUUGACUUUAAGCCAUAUGUUAGAGAGGUGUACAAGUGUUGCCUGGUGAGGCUUCGGGCAGCAGACAUUGAUCAGGAGGUGAAAGAGCGUGCCAUUUCCUGUAUGGGGCAAAUUAUACGCAACCUGGGAGAUACACUGAGCUCAGAGCUACGAGAAUGCCUGCCUAUCUUCCUUGAGAGGCUUAAGAAUGAAAUUACAAGACUGACAGCUGUGAAGGCUCUCACAAUGAUAGCCAGUUCCCCAUUGAAGAUUGAUUUACGACCCAUACUCACCGAUGGAAUACCAAUACUGGCUUCCUUCCUGAGGAAAAACCAGAGGGCCUUGAAACUUGGCACUCUAGCCUGUUUGGAUAUGCUUGUGAAGAACUGGGGUAGUUCCCUGACUGGUGAUAUGAUAGCAGACAUGAUGCGAGAAAUGCCGCCUCUCAUCAACGAGAAUGAUCUCCAUGUUUCACAGUUAACCCUUAACCUUCUGACCAGCAUAUCGAAGAUGCACAAGAGCUCUAUGUCUCUGGUGCCUGGAGAGAUUUUACCCCAGAUACUUGUUCUGAUGCAGUCACCUCUUCUCCAGGGUGGGGCCCUAAUGGCCAUGCUGGAAUUCUUCCAGGCUAUAGUUGGCCUGCCUAAGCUAGGAUUUAAGGACUUAUUACAGAUGCUGAUCAAGCCCAUUUAUAACCCUGUCAGUCAUUCAACCCCUUUCUCCAUACACAAACAGGCGUUCCACUCCAUAGCGAAAUGUGUGGCAGCGCUAACUGUCAUGUCUCCAAGCGAGGCCACAAAUGUUGUCAACCAGUUUAUUAGUGAUGUCAAGAAUCCAAAAUCAACAGAGUCCAUUCGUCUGUUUUCUCUCCUGGCACUAGGAGAGGUGGGAAAACACUUGGACCUGAGUGGCCAGGGAGAGAUACAAAAUGUGAUUCUAGACGCCUUCUCUUCACAGAAUGAGGAAGUCAAGGCAGCUGCAUCAUAUGCCCUAGGCAAUGUGAGUGUGGGCAACCUGACACGGUUCCUGCCAUUUGUACUGCGUGAGAUAGAGAGUCAACCUAAGAGACAGUAUCUGCUGCUGCAUUCACUAAAGGAGAUUAUCAGCUGUGAGUCUGGUACAGCAUCUGGGGUUCACACGUUGAAGCCAUAUGUACAAACUAUCUGGAACAUGCUAUUUAGUCAUUGUGAGUGUCCUGAGGAAGGGACCCGUAAUGUUGUGUCCGAAUGUCUCGGUAAAUUGACCCUGAUGGACCCUCGGACGUUACUAUCCGGGCUAAAGCAACACCUGACAUCCCAGUCCGCACUUACACGUAGCACUGUUGUUACAGCAAUAAAGUUUACUAUCUCCGACCAGCCUCAAGUGAUAGACCCUCUCCUUAAAGAGUGUAUUGGAGAGUUCUUGGAGACGUUACAAGACCCAGACCUGAAUGUUCGACGUGUAGCUCUUGUCACGUUUAACUCUGCGGCCCACAACAAGCCUGUUCUGAUCCGUGAUCUUCUAGACAGUAUGCUGCCCCAUCUGUAUAAUGAAACCAAAGUCAGGAAAGAGUUGAUUCGUGAGGUGGAGAUGGGACCGUUUAAACACACGCUUGAUGAUGGACUGGAUAUCAGAAAGGCUGCUUUUGAGUGUAUGUACACCCUGCUGGACUCUUGUCUUGACCGCCUGGACAUCUUCGAGUUCCUGAACCACGUAGAAGACGGCCUUAAAGACCACUAUGACAUUAAGAUGCUUACCUACUUGAUGCUUGUCAGGUUAUCACAUCUCUGUCCUAGUGCAGUCUUGCAGAGACUAGACCGUCUUGUGGAACCUCUGCGCGCCACAUGUACGACCAAGGUGAAGGCAAACUCUGUCAAACAAGAGUUUGAGAAACAGGAUGAGUUGAAACGCUCAGCUAUGAGGGCUGUUGCUGCCUUGCUGGCUGUUCCUGACGCAGACAAGAGUCCACAAAUGAAUGAAUUUCUGACGCAAAUAAAAUCCAACACUGAUCUGGCAGCCAUGUUUGAAAACAUUCAAAAAGACGCCAUGGCAACGUCCUCAGAUACUGUUGUCAUGGAUACAAGUUGAACAACAGAUUGGGAAAUAAAUAUUUUGUGGCUAUAUUGACAUUACAGUGCUGAUUCAGUGGUAUUAUUUCACUCAGUUAAAGAUUUCUAUGUGCACAACUUGUUUCCCUCUUCAAAGUGCUAAAAUGUCGAAGCGUGAAUAAGACAUGUCAGUGAUCAAACACAAGAGUGAUAAAAAGUUGCUAACUCAAAUACUAUAUCGGAGAUAUUGGCUCUCUUAUCAACAAGUUUACCAACAAUAUUGUAAGAAUUUUAUUAAAAUUGCCUUAAGAUCACUUAUUAAUAGAAAUGUUGAUCAAAUUCAAACAAGCUGUGUCUUACGUGAUCAAUAAAACCAAUUGUUUAGAAAUAAAUAUUAUUUCUGCUUGUAUUACUGCUUGGAUUUACCAAUUUGAAUUAUUAAUUGUACAAUAUUACUCUUAAAUUAAUUUCAGUGCUUACAUUUUCUUAAAUAUGAAUAUAUUGUAUCAUAGCUUUCUUUACCAGAAGUUUUUAGAAAAUAAUUGACACUAUUGAUAAAGAAAUGCAUGUUCUUGUAAAUCAUUUCAAAGAUUAUUGUCAUCGUGUGGGAUAAUUGUGCUACGAUUGGUUAUUUAGUCCCUCUUUGGUUUGUAAAAUCAUGGUUACAUGUGUAUGUCCAAGUGAUAGAAAAAGUUGAAGACUGGACAACUACAUGUAGAUGAUAGACUCAAUCUGUAGUAUUAUGUUCAUCGCACUUGUUUGUAUGAUUUCUUUUAUAAUAGUUGAUGAAAUGAAAUGUUGAAAUUA